AUGGCAAAAGAAUUUACUGGUCUUUGCAUGCUCUGGCUUUUUUCACGGCCAGUGUUGAUUGUGACCAAGCUGAGGGACGCCAAAGAAUUAAUGGACAAACGAGGGGCCAUUUUCUCCGAUAGGCCUCCAUUGAAUAUCGUCGUGAAAAAGAUUUGGCCAAACAUGUUGCCAAUCAAACCCUCUGGUGAAGGAUUUCGAUUUUUGAGGCGGGUUUAUAUUGACCUACUUGGUCCCCAGACAUCGCUAGCGGUAAGGAAGUAUCAGGAAUAUGAGUCGAGGAUGAUGCUUCGCGAUCUAUAUAAUACCCCUGAAGCGUUCAGAGCCCACACAGAACGAUUUUCAACGAGUGUGAUUUUCAGUGCGGUGUAUGGAGUAAGAGUCACCCGCCUCGACUAUCCCAUCAUGCAUGAGCUAUUCGACAUAUUAACUCGUGCAGCAGACAGCGUUCUGCCGGGAAGGGUGUUGGUAGACUAUGUACCAAUUCUCGAGAGGCUGCCCGAGUUUCUUCAGCCAUGGCUUUGGUCUGCGAACUCAUUACGCCGUCGCGAAGAUGCACUUCACGCCGGGUUUUUAGCCGUCCUAAAAAAACAGAUAGAGGCUGGAGCAGAGUCUUAUUGCUUUGGUAUUGAUGUUUUGAAGCUUCAAAAGAAAAAAGGGCUUGACGACAGGCUUACGAUAGAUAUUCUCAAGGGAAUAAUUGAUGUUGGCUCCGAAACCACCAGUAGCAUGAUGCAAUCUAUCAUCAAAGUACUGGCAAUGCAUCCCGAGGCUCAGAAAAAGGCCCAAGAAGAGCUAGAUCGGGUCGUAGGCCCUUUACGUCUGCCGACCUGGGAAGAUAGUCCGAACCUUCCCUAUAUUCGGGCUCUCAUAAAAGAGCUCCAUAGGUUUGCUCCUCUUUUGUAUGUUGGGGUACCACAUGCUUCCACGGAAGAAAUCACCUACAAAGGACUCACGAUACCAAAAACAAUUCUGUUGCCGAACGCGUGGGCUCUUUCAAGAGAUCCUGAACGCUAUCAAGAUCCUGAUACCUUUGCACCGGAGCGGUUCCUUGGCGAUGACCUCGACUCUUUCACCAGUGCUAAGCAAAGUGAUUACCUUAAGCGAGACCAUAUCAACUAUGGUUGGGGUCGUCGACUUUGCCAAGGUAUUCAUCUUGCUGAGAAUUCGUUAUAUAUGCAAGUUUCUCGUGUUCUGUGGGCAUUUGACAUUGCGACCAUUCCUGGAGAGCCACCUCUCAAUAUACAUGAGAAAGCCGGUGGAUUCAUUAAGAAGCCUAAGGCUUUCCGAGUAUCCAUUACGCCUCGAUCUGACGAAGCAGUUCAAGUGCUGCUACAGAGCGCGGAAGAGGCAGUGACAGAGCUCCCAGAUGCAGAUAGCGUGGAGAUGUCUUUUUAA